GGGGACUACAAAAGAGCCUCCCACUGUCUCGCCUUUGUUCCCGGCUCCGACCCACCUCAGCUGCUCAGCCAUGGCUCCCAAAAAAGCGAAGAAGAGGACAGCAGAGGGCGCCAACUCCAACGUCUUCUCGAUGUUCGAGCAGGCGCAGAUCCAGGAAUUCAAAGAGGCCUUCACCAUCAUGGACCAGAACCGAGACGGUUUCAUCGACAAGAACGACCUGCGGGACACCUUCGCCGCCCUGGGGCGCCUGAACGUGAAGCAGGAGGAGAUCGACGAGAUGCUGAAAGAGGCUCCUGGUCCCAUCAACUUCACCGUCUUCCUCACCAUGUUCGGGGAGAAGCUGAAAGGUGCUGACCCGGAAGAGACCAUCCUGAACGCCUUCAAGGUGUUUGACCCCGAGGGCCAGGGGGUUCUGAGGAAGGACUAUGUGACCCAGAUGCUGACCACGCAGGCGGACCGGUUCUCACCAGAGGAGAUGGAGCAGAUGUUCGCCGCCUUCCCUCCGGACGUGGCGGGAAACCUGGACUACAAGAACCUGGUUCACAUCAUCACUCACGGCGAGGAGAAGGACCAGGAGUGAAUCCCCAACAAAGUCUGUCGCAAAUGUGCCGCCACCUUGAUUCGGCCAGAAGAGACGCGUCUCAUCUCCUCUGUAUUUAUUAUCAAAGAAUCCACUUUUUGUUUUAAAUAAAAAAAAAAAAAAAAC